CGUUUUGUUUCCCCGGAUCCGCCAUUUCAUUUUUUGAAGUUACUUGUGACAAGUUACAAGAUUUGAUUCAAAAUUGUAUUGUUUUACAACUGGGUUGGGUAAGUUCUAAUCGACAUAUUUUAAUCGGGCGAUCAGACACGUUUUGUACGAGGACCGACUUUUGCAUUUUAAAUUGAUGGGCAUAGGCAAGUUGCGGAUGUCGCCUAUUUUCCAAAUGUGUUCUACGCGCUAAAGUUUUUGUAUGAGUUGAAUGCUGGUUGUGGAUAAGGGGAUUCAAAGGGAAGGCCCGUGAAGCCUCGGCUUUGGAGUGGGAGUCAUGGCCGGAAAUUUUGACGCAGAGGAUCGUGCAAGUUGGUACUGGGGAAGAUUAAGUAGACAGGAGGCAGUUUCACUUUUACAAGGACAGAGACACGGAGUGUUUUUGGUGAGAGACUCUAUUACAAGCCCUGGCGACUACGUCCUGUCCGUUUCAGAGAAUUCCAAAGUCUCGCAUUACAUAAUCAACAGCAUCAGCAACAACCGGCAGUCUGGCUCAGGCCAGGCGCCUCCACGGUUCCGCAUAGGUGACCAGGAGUUUGACGCCCUCCAUUCCCUGCUGGAGUUUUACAAGAUCCACUACCUGGACACCACCACACUGAUAGAGCCCAUCAACAAGGCCAAACACUCUCCCUUGGUCGGUGUCAACGCAGGUGCUGGAGGCCCGUCGCAGCGGCAGGAAGACGAGAUGGUCCGUGCCCUCUUCGACUUCCCGGGCAACGACGAUGAGGAUCUGCCUUUCAGAAAGGGCGACAUCCUGCGGGUCCUGGAGAAGCCUGAGGAGCAGUGGUGGAAUGCCAAGAAUUUAGAGGGGCGUGCCGGGAUGAUCCCUGUGCCCUACGUGGAGAAGUACCGACCGGCCUCUCCCACCUCGGGGGGCUCUGGAACAGGGGGUCCAGGUGGGGUGGGCUCGGUAGACGGCUCAAGUGCUCAGGGACCACCUCUGCUAGACCCGAGCCAGUACGCCCAGCCCACACCUCUGCCCAACCUGCAGAACGGACCCGUCUUUGCCAGGGCCAUCCAGAAGAGGGUGCCCAAUGCCUACGACAAGACCGCCCUUGCCUUAGAGGUGGGCGACAUGGUGAAGGUGACAAAGAUCAACGUGAACGGCCAGUGGGAAGGCGAGUGCAAGGGCAAACGAGGCCACUUCCCCUUCACCCAUGUUAAGCUGCUGGACCAUAACAGCCCUGAGGAAGACGUGAGCUGAGAGUGGACACUGGGCUCCUUGACCUUCUCCCAUCCCUCACCCUGCCCUUACACACACAAACACUCACUCCCUCACAUGCCACCAUCGCCCCUGUGCCAAUCAGCAGCCUCCGCAUGGCCACACUCAGACACACACACACACACACACCACUUCCUCUCCCUCAGUUGGCCCUGUUAGAUAAUCAUUACGCUGUGUCUUCGUCUCACACACACCACCAUUAUUUAUACCACUUCAGCACCAUGGCCAGCUCUAUCAAAACACACACGUUCCCCUUCUAAAGAAGAAAGACUCAGGCCUUGUCUGAUGGGAUGAGGACAAUACCAACAGGAAUCGUACACACAGAGAUCCAUGGAGAAACACUUUCCUCUGGCUGUCGAAGAGAGCCGUCAGAAUGACACUACACUGUACACAAAACUAUCAUCCUUACUACAAAUCCACGACCAAGUAACUAGUCUUUUUGUAAGGGAAGAAAAAUAACAUAUCGUUAUGAAAUUGUUGAGAACCAUUACAGGCUAAAAUCAUGUCGUUUUUUUCUCUUUUUUUGCCUCGUUUUUCUGAGAAGUGAGAUUACCAGUCCACCACUAUUGCGGAGAUCUCAUCAAAUGUGUCGGCUAUGUUGUGAGCUUGCGGUAUUGUCAGGCGCUAACCCUCUCUGUCUUACUUGUUUGUGUCUGUCUUGCUUGUCUGUGCUCUUUGACAAGCCUUUGUCUGCUCCACUCCUACUCCGAAUCACUGAGACUUUGUUUUUUUUCCCCCACACACGGCUGUUAACUUGUUCUAAACAUUGGAGAUGCCUUUUGUGUAUGAUCAGCCAGGGUCGUGGAAACGUUCUGCCAUAUCAUACCAUAGCCAAGGAUAGACUGUUAAAAUGACAUUUUUUUGUAUGACUUAAGCUCAAUGGUAACAUGAAUUGGCUUUCUCCUUGGAAGCUGUUAGAUUCUAAACUGGUUACUGUAGUACUUGUUCUCCUGUACACGUUGGUUACAAAGUCAAGGCACUGCAUUGACACCGAGUUCUCACUUUUCCGUUCUAGAUUCCUGUCAUCCACUACCUUUUGAGAAUUGAUGUCUGUCCCUAUUCAUUAGUGUAAUAGAGCGAGCAAAACACCCUUUAAUUUGCAUGCAUCCACAAACCACCACACUAUUACUUAGACUGUCAACUUUGAAUAGGUGUCCUCUGUUGAUAAGAGAUCACAGUUAAGUCCAGCUGUUGACACAUAACAAUAAUCUUUCCAUUCCUAUCAUGUAGGAUACUGGCUACGUUUGCUCCCUGGCACAGCAUCAUACAUGUUACAUAUAUGUCCUAAACUGUACACUGCAGAUUCGUAUCUCUGUUCCACUAUAAAUGAAACCUGUAUCUGAGCAUUCUUACACUUUGCACCCCACUGAAUGCGCCCAUGAAAUUCACUUGGAUAACAUCACCUCCUAGAGUGGUUUCCCAUAGAUUAAGGCAGAGGUGACUUGAGAAAUGGGUUACCUCGUCUUCAGUGGAACUGGCCACUAGGGUGCACUGCAACAGCAUUAGGCAGAGAGGUGCUGGGUGAACCAACGUGCUCGUCUGCCUCCUAGCUUUAGCCCAUGUUGAUCAAUACAGUUGUCUGUGUUGAGGAUGCUGGAGGUGAAAUGUUUUAUUUUCAGAAUGCACUUUAAUCAAUCAUUUCUUACAAUUACUUGCCAGUUCAGGCCCCUCCCUUUCAAUUGCGUUUCUUGCCUUUUCUGCUGUGUUCAUUGUCUGUGGCAGAACUUGUGCUGGCUUUUUUUAAUUUGUAUAUAUAAUCGAAGGUAAUUUAGCCCCAAAUUUAUGACGCAGCUGUGGAAAAUCCAAAUGCAUGCAUUGUCAGGGUGUGAAGACUUGAGUAUGGUUAUACAAGUUAAACUCCAAUUAUGUAGUACCUCAUCCAAAAUACACCAUCUGCUGUCCAUAGAUGUAGGUUCUGGGUAGUAGAUGCUGCAGAGUCCAGAGGAAUAGAAUAUAUAACCUUUUGACAAUUGGAUUGUCCUCAAACCACAAGGGUUUUCCAUUGUCCUCAAACUUGUACCAUUUCUCUGUAUAAUUGUAGCUUUCGGACCAACUGACAAACUGUUUUAUAGCCAAUUUAUGCCACAAUCUAUGUUUAAGGGCACGGUUGGGUAGGUUACUUUCUAAAUGUAAUCAGUUACUAGUUACCUGUCCAAAAUUGUAAUCAGUAAUAACUUUUGCAUUACCCAAACUCAGUAACAUAAUCUGAUUACUUUCCCCUUCAUAAGCAUGAAAAGGUACCAUCAAACACAUUUGGGGUGUCAUAGUGGUCUCUGACUUGUGGUCAGACCCGGUCAGGUAUAACAAAUCUAAACUUGCACCUUUUUUCAAUGCGAAAAUGAAUGUCAUUGAGAAAACAGAAAGGUGUCAAUGUAUUUUUUCCGCAAACGUCCUUUCUGAAUUUAGAAGUAAUAUAGUUUUUCAAAAGUAACUAAUCUGGUUAAAAUAUUUUAGCUGGUAAUGUAACUGAUUACAGUUAGUUUCUUUGUAAUCAGUUACUCCGGUAUUAACAUCUGUUAAAUCAUGUCUGCUUUUUCAUUCAUUCUCUCAAUGCAUGCCUGUUUAUGUAAUCUGCCCUUAUUUUUUAUGAUUUUGUUUUGUCAAUCAGGCCUAUAAAUAUUUUAAAGUAUUGUAUUUUUGUAACCCUGUGGAAGUCAUUACCUUUCAUAAGGGGGCUUGGUUGGCAACCGCAAAUGGAAAUUGUGAUGAUAUCAAAAUGUGCCAUUGUAUUAUAACACUAUAUUCUUUCAAGACAAUUGAAGUGACCAUUUAUUUUCUGUAGCAUGUAAUGUGUUAAGAUAUACAUAGUAAAUAAAGUCAAAGGAUUGGCAAAUGAAAA